AUGAGCAUCAGUUACCAUCGCCCGGCGCCCAGCCUGAGCUUCAGCAGCCGCUCGCACGGCUCCCUCCCUGCUCGAAGCUCUUUGUACCGGGCCAGCCCGGGGAGCUUCCAGCCUGGGCUCUUCCGAGGAUCCAGCGGCUCUUCCCUUUCUGCCUCGCCCGCUUUCCUGCUCUCCUCGCUGCCCAGUUUGGAGAUCGACCCGAAGCUGCACCAGCUCCGCACCGAGGAAAAGGAGCAGAUUAAGGGGCUCAACAACCAGUUCGCCUCCUUCAUCGACAAGGUGCGUAAGCUUGAGCAGCAGAAUAAAGUGCUGGAGACACAGCUGAAGCUUCUGAAGGGCAAAGACCAGUACAAAUCCAACGUGGGGCAGAUUGUGGCAGCCCACAGCCAGCCCCUUAAGCAGCAAAUUGAUGCCCUGAAUCAGGACAAGAUGAAGUUGCAAAAUGAGCUGGACCACACCCAGGCGCUUCUGGAGGAACUGAAGAACAGGUAUGAAGAUGAAAUCAACCGGCGUAACCAACUGGAAAAUGAAUUUGUGGUGACCAAGAAGGACCUGGAUGACAUCUACUUGCAGAAAGUGGACGUUGAAUCGAAGCUGGAGGGCAUCUGCAAUGAACUCAAAUACCUCAAGCAACUCUUUGAAGAGGAGAUCCGAGAGCUGCAAUCUCAGAUCCAAAAUACAAUGGUCACUGUGGAGAUGGACAACAACCGGGACUUGGAGAUGAAGCACAUCAUUGAUGAGGUGAAGGAGCAGUAUCAAGCUAUGGCUGCCAAAAGCCGGGAUGAGGCUGAACAAUGGUACAAGAACAAGUUCGAUGACAUGGCAAGGCAGACCCAGAAGCACCAUGAGGAGCUGAAAGGUGUCAAGGGGCAAAUUGCUGAGAUGAACCGCUAUGCCCAGCGUGUUAAUGGGGAGAUCGAGGCCUUGAAAAACCAGCGAGCCAAUCUGGAGAAUGCUGUAGCAUUGGCUGAAGAGCAAGGGGAGCAGGCUGUGCAAAGUGCCAAGGGCAGCAUCCAAGACUUGGAAGAAGCACUGAAACGGGCCAAGCAUGAAAUGGCCAACAAGGUGCGAGAAUAUCAAGAACUGAUGAACAUCAAACUGGCCCUCGAUAUGGAAAUCGCCACCUACAGGAAGCUGCUGGAAGGAGAAGAAAACCGGAUGGUUGGUCAGACUCCAAGUCAUCAGUUCAGUGCAAUUGACAAACUGGCUGGGCUCCUGACACAGGAGAUGGCGCUACCCUCCUACAACGGGGCCGCCCGGACUUCCUUCACCAGCCACAGCUCGCUGAAGAGGCCGCUGCUGAUCAAAACCAUUGAGACCAAGGAUGGGAAGGUCCUUUCUGAGGCCAGUCACUUCUCGGAGAAGUAG